GGUUAUCGCUAUCGAUAGAAAUACAUUUUUUAAAUUUGGGUAGUUCUUGGAAAUUUGUUGAAAGGGCUACUCGAGUAAAUUACGACUUGACUUAAAAAAGGAACGAUUACAGUACCAAAAACCAUAAAAUUUUAAACCAAUUGAAAACUUCAAGUCAUGGCCUGGGUUCCCAAGACGCAAUUCGAGCUCGACCUAGUGAGCAUGGAGCCUGGAUUUAACCUGAUCCAGGGGCAAAUCGCCUACGAGGAAAAGAAGAAACUGGAGCUCUCAAGAGUGCCAGUCCCCAAGAGUAUUGGCGAACAUCUUGCGGACCGGGGAGAUUUGCAUGGGUAUGGAUCGUCGGGCGGAAAGGGAAGGGAAAUCCGCGACUGCCUCCAAAUGAUGGAGAAAAUCCAGAAAAUAGCGGGCACGAAGCCACUGGGCGAGCACGCCACUAUGGAGGAUUGGGAGGACACUUCAACGGCGGAGAUGGAGGCGGUGGCCAUGAUGCGCAACUUUGGGAUGCAGUCUAUGGGCCAGGACUUACUACCCGCUCUUCCGCAGAUCACGAUGCAAGACGAAAGUGGGCGACUACCCCUCAACAAGGACCCCGAAUUCUUUACGCCACGUAAAACGCGUAAACCGAUGGAUUUUCCGCCAGCGGACGAGUCCAAAGAUUCAACGGAUGAUUCUUUUCACACAGCCGAAAGUCUGAGCAACUGCAUCUUGCUAUACGGCCCUGGAAAUUCCCCCAAGGGCAAAACACCGAAGAAAUCGAACAAGGAGAUUGAACGGGAAUCGGCUGAUACCUUAUUUAGUUAUAUCAAGGCGGCCCCAGUUAACUUGGACAAAGGCAAGGGAAAGAGGAGGAACCAGCGAUCCUCCCAAAAAGAAAGACGUCGCCAGCAAUACGAAGCUAGCCUGUAAAAACCAAUCUGGUUUUACUUAGGUUUAUGAAAUUAAAACUAUUUUAGAUUUUUCGAGUACGCAUUGAAAUAUCUAAAACAUAUAAUAGAUAAAAGCAAUUCAAAGGAAAUACCUAUGAAUUUGCAUGAUCUCUAGAACUGACUUAUCUUCAUUUAUGCGUUUUAUAAAGGAGACGGAAAUUCGCUAUGGAAACCAUUUUUAAAAUAUUUUAAAAUAAAAUGUCACUUGAAAAUUGUUCUUGUUUAA